AUGCUGAGAGUACGGAAUGGUGCCAGCAGUGCUCGGCUUGUGAAAACGGUUCGUUUGAGCCCAAUUUCACGCAAAAUGGCCACUUUUCAAGGCGAGCCUGCCAAAAAACCUAAUUGGCUAGGACGCUUUGUUGUACGUGCAGGAUUGGCUGUCACAGCGUUUUAUGCAGGUGGAGUGGCCUUGUCGGUCUCAAAUGACCAGUUCGGUGAGUUGUUCUGCGAUAAUGUUCCGUUGGCCGAGGCAUUGGUCGAAAUGUACGAAUCUUACAGAGACGAGUCCUUCCAGGCCUCUCGGAUGUCAUUGGACGAUCUGAAACAGAAAUUCGGUGAAUUGGGAACCAAGACAGACCUCAUUCCGGCCCGUGGUGCCGACUCCACGUUGACUACCGACACGGUUGCCGCAUUGCCAGCCUCUGCAGAAGUCAAAAUAGAAGACCAAUCACUAAUGAAGUUGAGACUACCGCUGCUUUCCAGUAACAAUGCCUCGAAUCCCAAGUUUGAAGAGUUAACAAGCGCCGUCAACGCACAAAUCAACAGCAUCAACGAGCAAUCGCUGAUUUUACCCGAGGCGACUUACAACGCAGUGGCCGAUGCGUACUCCAAGCUAAACAACGCAUUGCAAGAUCUUGAGCGUGAUUUCCAAACAGAUCUUUCCGAGGGUUUGGCCAAGCACUACGGUGAGGCUUCAGAACAGCUAAAUCACCAAUUCGAACUCAGAUUGAAAACUCGCGAAGUCGAAAUAACGCAACAAUUUUUGAACGAAUUCAAUGCCUUCAAAGCCCAACUGGAAAUGAGGUCUUCAGAAGAGCUCUCUACAGCCCUACAAGCCAACGAGCAGGCCCUUUUGGCCAAGCAGGCCAACGAGGUCGCUCUUCUGUCCAUCAAACAGGUUGAAGAGUUCAACAAAAUCUUGUCCGAAAAAUUGGACAAAGAAAGGCAAGGCAGACUUGCCAAAUUGGAACAACUGAACACCUCUGUUGGCGGCCUCACAGAUGCAAUCGACCAAGUCGACACUCUCGUGAUGAGAAGCGAGGCUGUGAGCCAAUUGACAUUGUUGAUUACGCUAGUGAAGGAAAAGUUGCAAUCUGGGUCCGAGCAAAGUUUGAAGCUCGAUUCCGAAUUGCAAAGACUCAAGACACUAUGGGACGUUUUGCCAGGGAAGCCUUCUAAGUGCUGCAAGACGGCAGGUCCCCAACUAUUGGAUGUGGUGAUUCCACAGCUGGAGGCCUUGGCUUCAAAACAGCAAAUUUUGUCAAAUGAGCAACUUGUCAACAGAUGGAAUCUGUUACAAAAGGACCUCGAAACGGCCUCACUGCUGCCCCCUAAUGCUGGUAUCUUGGGACAUACCGCUGCCAAAUUUUUCAGCUUCUUUUUGUUCCAGAAGAGAGGCGUCUCUUCGGAGCAUGACAUGGACAGCAUACUGGCCCGUGUUAGUUCGAAUCUCACACUUUCCAAGCUCGACGAAGCCGUGGAAGAUGUCGUCGCAUUGAAGGGCUGGCCGCGCGUACUAUGUGACGAGUGGAUCCAAGACGCCAGAAGAAAACUGGAAAUUGAAACUCUAGUUGAUGUCCUUGACUGUGAAGUCAGAAGUCUGUGA